GUUCUGUGUCUUUCACCAACAGUUCGGGUCUUUUUAUACUCAACUUUUCGGUCUAACUACGCCCUUCUUACACGCAGUCAUCGUCACAACACCAAUCGCAAUCUUGACGGGGCGGUUUCCAAGUCUCAGUGUCUUCAACUAUUCCCGAGGCGAAUUCACUUUCCCUGGACUUCUUUAACCAUAGCCGAGAACAGGCACAUUCGUGAUUUCAAGGCGAGACUUUCAAAAAUCCCACCGUCUGGUGGGAGUAGCCAUUGGUUAAAAUGGAACGCAGCGUAACAAAGUGUCCCGGUAUAAAAGCCGAGACGGUCACAUCAGUUUAACACAUCGUCCCUUGCAGUCGAUUCCUCUUCUGACUUUCUCACAGUGUUAAGUCAAAGUCAAUUCGAAAUCAUGUCUCUGUCCUACCACUUUUUGAUCUUUGUGAGUUUAGGUGUUGUGGCCGUUGUGAUGGGCAACAAUUACAAGCCGCCCGCCUAUCACCAGCCGAAAUACGAACCGAAAUACGAGCCAGAGAUCCCGGCCUGCUCCAAGAACACGACCAAGAACUGGUGCCUGGAGGAUUCCGAGUACCCGGCCUACGAAGUCGUUUACGAACUGGACAAGCACUACGAGGCCGUUGUGGCUUUGUACAAGAACGUCGUGGCCGAAACGGCCAACUCGGUCGACACUUUGACCAAAUUGGUGGACGAGACUUACCUCUGCCCCAGCGCCACCUCCUACGUCCAGCCGCUGCGUGCCGUCAACACCAAAGGCAAGUGGCGUGUCAUCAUCAACAAAGUCGAGUCUUACGGCAUCAAAUACGAUCAACACGCUCGCAUCGAAGAAUGUGAGGCCGACGCGGCCGGAAAGGCCUGCCCCUUGGUCCCCACCUGCUACGAGUCCAAGUGCCUCCAGAAGAGCAUCUACCACCGUUUCCUCGUCUACGAUCCCACCGAUUACUAUUUCCCAUUCGCCAUCGAGACCUUCAAGUUGCCGGCCUCAUGCGCCUGUUUCGUUGGAGCCUUCAGCCUCUAAAUUAAUUCAAUUUCUUUUCUUUCCUUCUUUCUUCCAAUUUUUCGGCCAAUCCCAUUCCAAAUUGUCAUCAUCCAAAGGCUCCCAUCAGUCACCAAACGAUCCCUGUGAUAAUAUCAUUCGUGUAAUAACAUCUCUGCGCUUCACAGUCGACUCCUUUUUCAACUGAAAAAAAGAUUCGAAGUGGAGCGCAAAGGUUGGCGGUACCAUCCAACAUGAAAGCAGUCCCUCGCCCACAACAACAUCGUGGGUUUUAUUUAAUACGAAAAAUAGUUCUAUGCAUUUCCUUUAAUUAUUUUGGUUUUUUAUCAGACAAUAAAUUUCCUAUUUUACUGAAA